AUGAAUAAUAGUGAAGAUAUUACAAGUGUAGUUAAUCAAGUAACACAGGCAUUGGAAGCACUUCACAAUCCUCAUUCAAAUGUACAGAUUUUCAAUCAAUCGCAAGAGUUUCUCGAGGAAGUGAAACGUCGUCCCAAUGCCUAUAGCUAUGCAUUGGUCAUUCUUACACAUCCAAAUGAAAUCGUCAGACAUUUCGGACUGCACAUCAUUGAGAAUCUCGUCAAGAAUCAAUGGGUAAAUGCUUCUGAAAAUGAUAAGCAAUCCGUAAAGAAUGAAAUAUUAGGUUUUAUAUCAAAAGUUCAAGUAAAUGAACAGAAAUUUAUAAAAGAGAAAAUGGUAACUGUUAUCGUGGAGAUUGUUAAACGUGAUUGGCCACAACGAUGGGCCAACCUGCUAGAUUCACUCGUUCAGAUUUCAUCGUUGGGCGAGACACAAGCCGAAGUCGUUCUAUUGACAAUGGGACAGCUACCACAUGAAAUUAUCUUUGACUCGACAUCAAACAAUAUGAUUGCUCUAUCGGAGCAGAGAAAGAAGGAUUUGAUGGCCGGCACGCUACAAACGCUACCUGGAAAACGCCAACGACAAAGUCAACGUGAAUCUAGUGUCCACGCUACUCUCGACGUUGCUAUCCUACAUCGAAUGGGUACCUAUAGAAUUGAUUCUCCAGCAUAA